GUCCAACAAAUGCAUUCAAUUCACAGUACGUCUUGUCAUUUCUAUAAAGUCGAGGACCAUCUCAGCUACUCUUCAAAUCACUCUCCCUUAAUCAGAUCUUACCUCGCAAGGGAAAGACAAUGCAUCCUGCCGCUUGCCAAUCUGCACAGGACCGAAGUGACGAUUCUGCCCCUCAUCAACAGAAUAAGACCACAAACCAAAUAUCCCUUCUCUCCCAUCCCUCUCCUCUAGAGAGAGAAAGAGAUGAACCCAAGUGUUCAUCAGUUCGGACCACUCUACUCCUGAUCUACAAGAUUUCGAUCAGGGAGACAUCUCUUGACCCAUUCCUCUUGUUUAGAGAGAGAAAGAGGAUUCACCUGCAAUUUAAACCUUCACCUCAAAAUGAUCUUCCAAUUUCCUCUGUAAAAGAUCGAGAGAGAAACAAAUCUUUUCUCUUCUCCCUCUCCUUCACAAGAGAGAGGCCUCCUGUCAGCAACUUAAACCCAAACCCUUAAACCCCCCAAAAUCACCAUUGUACCUCUGACCUUGAAGAUGUAGGCCACAAAAAGUUAAAUCUUUUCUUCUCUUUUCCAUCUUGUUUAGAGAGAGAAAAGCCUCCUUUGCAACUAAGGGAGAGGAACUUUCUCUCUCAAAAAUGACCACUUUACACAUGAUCUCAGCUCCAUGGCUUCUGCUCCUCCUCCCCCUAUCCCUUUCUCUCAGCCCAAACUCGGCGGCCUCUGCCACAAAUUUCCUCUUCAAUGGCUUCUCCACCAAGGACCUCUCCCUCCUCAACGACACCCGAAUCGAUCGCCACCGCUCGAUCCUCCUCACGGACGACUCCAAUUACUACUCCAUUGGCCGUGCCUUCUUCCCCAAUCCUCUACCCAUCAAAUCCUCGAAUUCCACCUCCAGCUUCUAUUUUUCUACAACCUUCAUCUUCUCUAUCCUCCCUCGUAUAACAAGGAGCCCGGGAUUCGGCCUCGCCUUUGUUCUCUCAGCCUCCACCAACCCCCCUGGUGCUCUGCCAGGCCAGUAUUUUGGCCUAUUUCCAAACACAAACACUGAUGCCUUCGAAGAUCUCAUCGCAAUCGAAUUCGACACUGGCAGGAACCCCGAGUUCGAUGAGACGGACGAUAACCAUAUCGGGGUUGACCUCGCAUCCAUAAUUUCUGCAAAUUCCACACCUGCUGGUUUUUGGAACUCUUCGAAUUUGUUUGAGCCGAUUGCUAUGAGGACCGGUCAUAACAUUCAAGCUUGGAUUGAAUUCGAUGGCCUGAAGCAGGAAAUCAAUAUCACUAUCGCCCCUGCCGGAAAUCGACGGCCCUCGCGACCCCUUCUCUCAUUCAAGGAUGACAGCAUAGCCCAAUAUUUCUCAGAUGAAAUGUACAUCGGGUUCUCGGCAUCGAAGGUGAGCGAUGCAGCUGAGCGACAGAGGGUGCUGGCGUGGAGCCUCGACACUGAGGGCGUCGCUCGUGCCCUUGACACAUCGAACCUCCCCAUCUAUUCCGUGUCCGAAUUCACGUCCUUACCGUUGUCUCAGGCUGCAAUUGCCGGAAUUGCAUCUGCUUGUGUGAUUGCAUUUCUCUGUCUCGUUGCUGGAAUUGGGUAUUGGUGGUUUUUCCGGCGGCCGAAAAUGCCUGAGGCCGAGGAAGAGGCAGAGGAGUGGGAGGUCGAGUAUUGGCCGCAUAGGAUCGCUUAUGAGGACCUACUCCAGGCCACAGAUGGGUUCGCCAAGGAGGGCCUAAUAGGCUCUGGUGGGUUCGGCAAGGUGUACAAAGGGGUGCUUCCUGGUUCAGGUGCCGAGGUCGCGGUCAAGUGUGUGAACCAUGACUCAAAACAGGGGAUGCGCGAGUUCUUGGCCGAGAUAUGGAGCGUGGGACGCCUCCAGCACCGGCGCCUCUUGCAGUUGCGUGGGUGGUGCCGGCGUGCUGACCAGCUCAUGCUGGUCUAUGACUUCCUGCCUAAUGGCAGCCUGGACCGACACAUCUUCGGCUCCCCAGAAAAGCCCCUAAGUUGGUCAGGGAGACGCCAAGUGAUCGCCGAUGUCGCCGAGGGGCUUCUGUAUCUGCACGAGGGGUGGGAGCAACAGGUGCUCCACCGCGAUGUGAAAUCGAGCAAUGUGUUGCUUGACACGGAUAUGAGAGGUCGAUUGGGCGAUUUCGGGCUCGCGAGGCUGUACCAGCACGGCCAGACCGCACAGGCAACCAGAGUUGUUGGCACGUUGGGCUAUCUGGCACCGGAGCUGGCUCGAGCCCCUGCUCCGACGGCGGCAAGCGAUGUGUAUAGCUUUGGGGUUGUGGUUUUGGAGGUGGCUAGUGGGAGGAGACCAAUCGAGACAUGGAGGCCCGCCGAUGAGCCUGUGCUCGUCGACUGGGUGCGGGGGCUGUACACAGAGGGGAAAUUGGUUGAGGCAGCAGAUAGCCGAAUUGCAGGGGAGUAUGGAAAUGAAGAAAUGGACAUGUUUCUCAAGUUGGGGCUGGCCUGCUGCCAUCCCGACCCGAAGGAGAGGCCGUCCAUGAGACAAGUGGUUGGGAUUUUGUUCUGCACCGCUGUGGCCCCGGUGGCGGCUCCAGUGACAAAAACCAGCUCCGACGACAAGCCCGAUCAACCAGAACCAUGAUCCAGAAGGGAAUAUGGUGUAUGGUCUGCCCAUUGUUUUCUGAUGACUGAGUGGAGAUUUACAGUAAUGGGUGAAUGCCUGCCAUUGGGGGUUAUGGUGGAUCUCCACCGUCUGUUUGUGAAAAUGGAGGGUGGAUGAUCGUCAUGGGGGCGCACCUUGUCAUAAAACACAGGGUGUUUCAUGGUCGUUGCGCAGUGAGGGGCCAAUGGGAUUAUGAAAUUGGUGGGGAAGGGGUAAAAUGAUCAUACUUUUUUUCCAAGCGAGCAAAGGGGUGGAAUAAGAGUGGAUUUGGGAGCCCUGGGUUUUGGCUUCUGGAAAUUUGGGCACAAAUUCAAAUUUUGGGAUGUAAACUAUUCAAAUCACUAAUCUCAAUAGAAAAAAUUUAAAGAUCUAAAUUAGA